AUUGGUUUUGCACUGAAUAUUUCCUGUGGACGAGCCAUGGGCCCUGAAGAUGGCCGCGGCAGGCUGCUGAAGGCACCUGACGCACCUGUUGGUGAUGAGGUUUUCAUUGAGAAUGUGGGCAUGGCAGGGUGUCUGGAGGCGCCACGGCCUUUUUGGCAACAAGGAGACGAGAUGGCAAGCCACGCUCAAUUGGCCAUUGGGAACCACCUUCGGGCCUCUGACACGAUUGAGAAGGAACUCGCUAGUCCAAGAUAUCCUGAGGUCACUGCAGCCGGCUGUGCCAUCCCCUAUGGUCUUACUGAGCAAGGAUGUGCCACUAUUGAAAUGGAGGCUCCAGAGGCCACAGGGCUUUUCCCACAGAGCACGGAGGAAUUCGCAGAGGUCUCGGCCACAAGGUCGGAGAGGUCAGAGCUGCAGGGUGUGGCUGAGGCCGGCGUGCCAAAGCCAAUGAGGGAGCCGAAGAAGAAAGCAAAGAAGGCCAGGAAGAGGGAGACGAAGGUUGAAGCUAAUGCCAAAGCAACCGAAGCUGUUGAAGCAGAGUUUGGCCAGGCAGAGAUCAAAGUGGAAGUUGCAGAACCAAUUAAGGCAAAGGAGGGCUGCAUCUAUCGAAUUGAAAACGCUGGAGCGCUGGUGCAAGCGGAGAGGAAGUCAAUUGCUCGGGGAGCUUUGGACGUCAUCCCAAAGGGAAGCACACUCACGGGGGAGCUUGUGCCAGGCAUUUUCGAGGAAGGUGAUCGUGUGGAGAUCAAAGAUGACUCUAAGACCUUCAAGAAGGUCACCUUCGGCAAGAUUUGUGGCAAACUCCUGGAGGCAACCAUUGUCAGGAAAUAUGUGAAGGAGGAGGACCCGCGUUUGGUGGUUCGACUUACAUUCACCUUCGGCACGCUGCAUGGAACCUUCGAUCAAUCCGAGCUCGAGCCAGAGCGGUGGCUGCAACUCCACGAUGGCAGGUUUGUCCCAGUUGGGGGGCUUUGUGGCUUGGAGAGCUAUGAAGUUGUUGCAGAGGAAGUUCAGUACACAUCAUCUUGUGAACCCUCAGACUUCAUUGCGAACUGUGAUCCGGCAAGAAAGGGAGACAUCCUGGCUGGAAACCUUAUUUUGGGAUCCAAUGAAGUGGAAUGGGUCCAGGUCGACCACGAGAAGUUCUUGCCUCUCAAAGCAAAUUUCAAGCUCCUCCUCAAACCGCGGGAAGAGACCAACCUGUGGGUUGUAGCUUCAGAGACACGACUGCACUCCACCAAGAGCCAAACCGGCGGCCGGGCUGAUCAGGGCUUGUACAAUGGUGACCACGUUAAAGGCAACCCAGUGUGGGGUCAGCACCGUGGCAUGCAAAAACGAGUGGAGUUCUUGGAGCUAGUUGAACCUCACAGCCCUUCAGCUGAUGCUGAUCUGCGCCCACCUAAGUAUUUGCUUAUGUCUGACUUGAAGAAGCGGAAGAAGGACUCAAAGGGCUGGCGCGUCAACUGCUCCUUUGCAGAAUUCUACCGGAAACUGGACUCUGGAGAGAUGCUUGAUGCAAAUCUUCUUUACGAGGGGGAAGAAGUGGAGGGUUGGCUUCAAAAGGAUGGUCAAUGGGUCAUGAUCAGCAGUGGGGUGCACGAGGGGCUUUACAUUCCACGAGGCAACUUGAGGGGCGAGGACACGGGUAGCGUCCUUGCAAGAUAUCGCUUUGCAGAAGACAUGCCCAAGGAUUCAGCCUAUGCAGCUGCGUUGGUGAUGUGGUGCGUCUACCGAAGUAGCGGCUGGAGCACGCAGUGCCGCUCAUAUUUUUGGUCUGCUGUGGUCAUGUACACAGUGAGCAUCAUUCUGCAAGGUUGUUUGCUGGCUUUGCUGGUCUACGUGCCAUUGUUGAGUUCGGAAGGUGGCGAUCCAGCUGCAUGUAUGUAUGGAAUAGGAGCAGCCGACAGCUUGUUCUUCCCCACAGGUUACGGCUUGACAGCCCAUGUGGGCCGUGGAUACGAAGGGUUCAAUGUGACAACUGAGAAUCGGGAAACAGAUUUCGCCCGCUAUGAAUUGCAGGUAGCAACCCAUGGAGCUUUGAAAUCCAUUAUCGGCCUAAUUGCUGGCAUGACGGGCAAUGAAUCGUUUCAUGAAACUGCGGUCAACAGCAUUUCAAGCCUAGACCCAGCUGCAGAUGGCAAGGUCUUUGGGAUCGAGACGCAUUUAUUUCGUUUCCUGGGUAUUUUCAUUUUUGUGGUGCAGUGGAGCCGAGAUUUUUGGACCUCAGUGAUACAUUUCUACCUGCUUCCUCCUUCUGGCAAGGGCCUGGGAUCAGCUUCCUGGAUCCACACCACACGCGAAGAGGUGUCUCUUCGAUUUGCUGGCUACCACAGGGCAGACGCGAAAGUUUUCAUAGUGUUAGGAGUGUUCUCCAUGGCGAUAAGCGUGUAUACUGUUUGGCUUUGAACUUCAUCCUCGACAUUGACGAGAUUGUUUUUAGGAGCUUUGCGCCUAUUGGAGUCCAGAAGACUCUGGAGGAGAUUGAUUUCGAGUUCUAUGAUCAAGCACGCGUGUGGUCCUGGUUGCAAACUCUCAGGUCGUGGCGGGUGUGGGUGCUCUCUCCUAUCAUAGUUCCCUUGACUGUCAGCGUGGGGCUUUGCUAUUUCGUUUUCACGACUAAUUGCACAUACAGUGAAACUGCAAAGAUGUAUGUUUCGCGCAACAAUGGUGAGGAAUGGUGAGGAUUAAUUGUGGGAUAAGCACCAUCCACUCAUCCUUCAUUUUCACCCAUUUUCACCGGCUUGUCAAGCAGAUGGACUGUUUGUCAUUGUCAGCGUGCUGACGUAAAAAA